CACGCAUGCGCACACUGUCUGUUUUCAAACGCGUAGUGGCGUCUUCUGAGUUCAAUGCUGAACGUGCAGUAGAAAUUAUUUUUUGGUAUCCUUUUAUUAUUUAGCAUCAAUUAAAACCAUUCUAAUGGAUUUGGAAACCGGGACAUAUGAGCCAGGGUUUGUGGGGAUCCGGUUUUGUCAAGAAUGGGCCGCUUUGUCUUCCAGUAACAACAUGUUGUAUCCAAAAGAAGACAAGGAGAAUCGUAUCUUGCUGUAUGCGUGCAGGAAUUGUGACUACCAGCAAGAGGCAGACAACAGCUGUAUUUAUGUCAACAAGAUUACCCAUGAGGUUGAUGAGUUGACCCAAAUCAUCGCAGAUGUAUCUCAGGAUCCAACUUUGCCAAGGACAGAAGACCAUCCCUGCCCCAAAUGUGGCCACAAGGAGGCAGUAUUUUUCCAGUCCCACAGUAUGAAGGCUGAGGAUGCUAUGAGAUUGUACUACGUCUGCACAGCCCCUCACUGCGGACAUAGAUGGACCGAAUAAAGCUGGUUUUCAGCCAUCAGGAGGUCCUGUAUUUGUUUACCUUUUUGAAUAUAAUGUUAUUAAUAGUAUUUUUUAAGCAGCAGUCAUUUCCAUGUUUUUUAUUGUUAUUAAAAUAAUCAGUUGUUUCCCA